AAGAUUCUGUACACUUAUACACAUCUGAAAGAGGCGUGGAACGCGUAAGGAGAGGCGUCACGUUCUUGAUUACGUCACUGGGAACGGAAAAGAACAAAAUGGAGGAGUACGCAAGGGAACCGUGCCCCUGGAGGAUAGUGGACGAUUGUGGGGGUGCCUUCACUAUGGGAGCCAUAGGUGGAGGAAUAUUUCAGGCUGUCAAAGGCUUUAGAAAUUCACCUUCUGGCAUAAACCACAGGGUGAGAGGGAGCUUGACAGCCAUCAGGACCAGGGCUCCACAAUUAGGAGGAAGCUUUGCUGUAUGGGGUGGGCUUUUCUCAAUGAUUGAUUGUGGUCUAGUAAAAGUGCGUGGAAAAGAGGACCCAUGGAACUCAAUAACAAGUGGAGCCAUGACAGGUGCUAUUCUUGCUGCAAGAAUUUGCUCUUUUGGCCAUCUAUCUUUAGAUGGGCCUGUGGCUAUGGUUGGGUCUGCAGCUAUGGGAGGCAUACUUUUAGCAUUGAUAGAAGGUGCUGGAAUCCUUCUCACGAGGUUUGCUUCCUCACAGCUCCCAACUGGUCCACAAUUUGCAGAGGAACCACCCUCAAUGUCUGCCACAUCCUUUGGUGACUAUAGACAGUACCAGUGAGCAGUCACAUAAUUUUCAAUACAUUUUAAAUAUUCCAUGAACUGAUGGGGUAUUUAAAUGUACAUAAAGCGCCAAUGGAAGGAUGCAAUCCACCCUUAAAGAUGUUUGUGGGAAAAAGAAAAAGGAAAUGCCUUUUUUCACACUGGGCUUUCUACAGCAUAGAUUUUCACAUUCUCAGCCAGUUGUUUUCUGUUCUGCCUAUUUUAAACCAGAGUCUCUUUUUUGCUUGAAUGCCUCAUUUGUGCUUCUCUGUUGAUGUGUUUUUAUUCUUGUUUUGCUUUAUUUUUCUUAAUCAUUCUUUAAGCAAUAAAACAAAGACAGCUUGAUAGGCAUUCAAGAAAACAAUUUUUUCUUAAAGUAUGCUGGUUGUCUUGAUGUGUGAAUGUAAGCAUCUUUUCCUGUAAUCAAUUUCAUACAUCUUGACCAUUUGAAUAUAUCCCUAAACUAUUCAUUUUUGAAGCAUAUAUUUAUUAUGUAUUUCAGGUUAAACAAGUGAUUUGAGUGGUAGAAAUGAAUAAAAAUUAUUUGCAUACUCUA